GGAUAUUUGCUGCGUGCUCCAUAGGGGAAACUUGAGAAAAGCCCAUUGGAGGAGAUGAUGAAAAUGUUCACACGCUCCUCCAGACACUAUCGGGGCAUCAUGACCUCCUUUUAUUCCAUCUGCAUCGUCUUGGGUACCGUGUGUGUGAACCCCCUCUCUGCAGUACCUGAGUUCACUGUAUCUGGUCAUGUGGGGUCUACAGCUGUCCUGCCGUGUAAAAUGAAGAGUGAAGUCAAUGGAACGCUGUAUAUUAAGUGGGAGAUCGGAUCUGAGACUGUGUUUGAGAGAGUCGGUGAGGAGACCUAUCAGGGUGAGGGAUAUGAGGGGCGUGUGGAUGUUCCUGAGGAAGAGCUGCGUAAGGGGAACUGUGCCUUGGUGUUGCGCAAUCUGACACCUACUGAUGCAGCUCUCUACUGGAACGCCAAGAUAGUGAAUCGCACCAAGGGAUCUGUCGAGACAGAAACAGUAGAGAUCAGCCGUGUUAAUCUCUCAGUCGAAGACCCCCUCUCUGCAGUAUCUGAGUUCACUGUAUCUGGACAUGUGGGGUCUACAGCUGUCCUGCCGUGUGAACUGCAGACUGAAGUCAAUGGACCACCGUAUAUUAAGUGGAGCAUCGAAUCUGUGACUGUGUUUGAGCGACACGGUGAGGAGACCUAUCAGGGUGAGGGAUAUGAGGGGCGUGUGGACGUUCCUGAGGAAGAGCCGCGUAAGGGGAACUGUUCCUUGGUGUUGUGCAAUCUGACACCUACUGAUGCAGCUCUCUACUGGAGCGCCAAGAUAGUGAGUCGCACCAAGGGAUCUGUUGAGACAGAAACAGUAGAGAUCAGCCGUGUUCAUCUCUCAGUCGAAGUACCUGAGUUCACUGUAUCUGGUCACGUGGGGUCUACAGCUGUCCUGCCGUGUGCACUGCAGACUGAAUUCACUGGAACACCGCAUAUUAUCUGGGAGAUCAAAUCUGAGACUGUGUUUGAGCGACGCGGUGAGGAGACCUAUCAGGGUGAGGGAUAUGAGGGGCGUGUGGACGUUCCUGAGGAAGAGCUGCGUAAGGGGAACUGUUCCUUGGUGUUGCGCAAUCUGAAACCUACUGAUGCAGCUCUCUACUGGAGCGCCAAGAUAGUGAGUCGCACCAAGAGAUCUGUCGAGACAGAAACAGUAGAGAUCAGCCGUGUUUAUCUCUCAGUCGAAGACCCCCUCUCUGCAGUACCUGAGUUCACUGUAUCUGGACAUGUGGGGUCUACAGCUGUCCUGCCGUGUGAACUGCAGACUGAAGUCACUGGAACACCGCAUAUUAUCUGGAAGAUCAAAUCUGAGACUGUGUUUGAGCGACUCGGUGAGGAGAUCUAUCAGGGUGAGGGAUAUGAGGGGCGUGUGGACGUUCCUGAGGAAGAGCUGCGUAAGGGGAACUGUGCCUUGGUGUUGCACAAUCUGACACCUACUGAUGCAGCUGACUACAGGAGCGCCAAGAUAGUGAGUCGCACCAAGGGAUCUGUCGAGACAGAAACAAUAAAGAUCAGCCGUGUUUAUCUCUCAGUCGAAGUACCUGAGUUCACUGUAUCUGGACAUGUGGGGUCUACAGCUGUCCUGCCGUGUGAACUGCAGACUGAAGUCACUGGAACACCGUAUAUUAAGUGGAGCAUCGAAUCUGAGACUGUGGUUGAGCGACGCGGUGAGGAGACCUAUCAGGGUGAGGGAUAUGAGGGGCGUGUGGACGUUCCUGAGGAAGAGCUGCGUAAGGGGAACUGUUCCUUGGUGUUGCGCAAUCUGACACCUACUGAUGCAGCUGACUACAGGAGCACCAAGAUAGUGAGUCGCACCAAGGGAUCUGUCGAGACAGAAACGGUAGUGAUCAGCCGUGUUCAUCUCUCAGUGGAAGUACCUGAGUUCACUGUAUCUGGACAUGUGGGGUCUACAGCUGUCCUGCCGUGUAAACUGCAGACUGAAGUCACUGAAACACCGUAUAUUAAGUGGGAGAUCGGAUCUGUGACUGUGUUUGAGGGAGACGGUGCGAAGACCUAUCAGGGUGAGGGAUAUGAGGGGCGUGUGGACGUCUCUGGGGAAGAGCUGCGUAAGGGGAACUGUUCCUUGGUGUUGCGCAAUCUGAUACCUACUGAUGCAGCUGUCUACAGGAGCUACCAGAUAGUGAGUCGCACCAAGGGAUCUGUCGAGAUAAAACCAGUAGAGAUCAGCCGUGUUCAUCUCUCAGUGGAAGUACCUGAGUUCACUGUAUCUGGACAUGUGGGGUCUACAGCUGUCCUGCCAUGUGAACUGCAGACUGAAGUCACUGGAACACCGUAUAUUAAGUGGAGCAUCGAAUCUGAGACUGUGUUUGAGCGAAGCAGUGAGAAGACCAAUCAGAGUGAGGGAUAUGAGGGGCGUGCGGAUGUUCCUGUGGAAGAGCUGCGUAAGGGGAACUGUGCCUUGGUGUUGCGCAAUCUGACAACUACUGAUGCAGGUGUCUACAGGAGCUACAAGGCAAUGAGUCGCACCAAGGGAUCUACUGAGACAGAAACAGUAGAGAUCAGCCGUGUUCAUCUCUCAGUCGAAGUACCUGAGUUCACUGUAUCUGGACAUGUGGGGUCUACAGCUGUCCUGCCGUGUGAACUGCAGCGUGAAGUCACUGGAACACCGAAUAUUACCUGGGAGAUUGUAAAUGAGACUGUGUUUGAGCGACGCGGCGAGGAUACCCAUCAGGGUAAGGGAUAUGAGGGGCGUGUGGACGUUCCUGAGGAAGAGCUGCGUAAGGGGAACUGUGCCUUGGUGUUGCGCAAUCUGACACCUACUGAUGCAGCUCUCUACUGGAGCUACAAGAUAGUGAGUCGCACCAAGGGAUCUGUCGAGGCAGAAAGAGUAGGGAUCAGCCGUGUUCAUCUCUCAGUCGAAGAAUCUGAGCUCCCUGUAUCUGGACAUGUGGGGUCUACAGCUGUCCUGCCGUGUAAACUGCAGACUGAAGACACUGAAAAACCGCAUAUUAUCUGGCAGAUCAAAUCUGUGACUGUGUUUGAGCGACGCGGUGAGGAGACCUAUCAGGGUGAGGGAUAUGAGGGGCGUGUGGACGUUCCUGAGGAAGAGCUGCGUAAGGGGAACUGUUCCUUGGUGUUGUGCAAUCUGAAACUUACUGAUGCAGCUGUCUACAGGAGCGCCAAGACAGUGAGUCGCACCAAGAGAUCUGUCGAGACAGAAACAGUAGAGAUCGGCCAUGUUUAUCUCUCAGUCGAUGAAAAACAGAAAGAAGAGCGUGAAGCUGAAAAGGAAGUUCCCAGAGCCGGGGUUUGGACAGGAGUAGGAGUAGGAGUAGGAGUAACUGGGACUAUUGCAGUGAUUGGAGUGAUUGGAGUGAUUGUUGCUGUGCUGUACAGUAAAAGAAGAAGAAAGCAGAACCGCAGACACCCUGAUCCUCCACACACCAACUCGCUGCCUAAUACACAAAUAAAUCCUGCAAACACAAGUCCAGAAACCUGAUAAUUACAUGAAUGUGACGAGACCCAUGUUACUGAAGAGAUUAUUGACAGAAUUGGUGUGGACCCUCUGAACAGUGUGUGGUCACAUUCAGAGCUAUAAAGAAGCGUUUCCUGUGCUACUCUCUUUAUGUGACUGCACUGCUAAAAGGUGUAUGACACAUAUACAUACACAUAUACUUCUUGUGGCAGUCCUAAGUUGAGGGAAACAUUUAUACAAAUUUAGUAAAUCCAACUACGCCACCCUGGGGGAGAACCAGGGAAAUACACCCAAAUAAAGGGACACAGAAGUUUUACCUAUCAGGGCAAAGAACAUGAGUGAGACGCGAGUACGAAUAUAAAAGUUACAUUUUACUAUGACACUUAAUCAUUAGAACUAGACAUGUAAAUAUAAAAUCGCUCUCCCAUGAAGCACAAAAAGGAUUUUAAAACUAAGCACUUCUCCAGGCCCAGGCUUGGCAGGAACAAGGUAGGACAGCUACAGCUCAGGAGAUCAUCCAAACCCACUGCAAGUCACACCAAAAUCAUCAAACACUACCUACACCAUAAGGAAGUUGUUGUGUUGCACACUGAGCACGCUGUGAAACACACACCACUGAAUACAUGCAGCUAGCCUCCCCUGUCCCACCAAGACUCACCGGCUCCUAGAGAGAAAGAAGACACCAGUUAACCCAAAAUUACACAAACACUAAACAAUAAACAAAGAAAAACAAAUUACAGACACCAUGGGGUGGUGACUAACACCCAGGCCCACAGACACCACCACAUGAAAUAGAGGCAGUUCACAGCACCUAAGCAGAACCAGAAUUAUGGUGAACAGUAAAUAAAAUGAAAAUAUUGCCACUGUAGCAUGGAGACAGUAAGGGACAUAUAUCCCAUCAAUAGUAAGGUGGUUAUGUGGAGAAACAAUCCUGAAAGAGCAGGUUUGAGGCUAGAAAACACUAAUUUACUAAUUAGCCUCUCAGACUACUUGUGGUUGCAAAACAAACCAAAAAUACUUGAUUAAAGUCAACAAAACAGACAAUAACACUAAUAAUAAUACAAUAAUAAUAAUUUUUUUUUAAAUCAGGUGAAACAAAACAAUAAAUAAAACCAUAAAGCAGAACAAUAAAGUAAAACAAAACAAGAAACCAAACCGAUCAAACAAAACAGCAGCGGUGUCACAUGUGGCGUCGUCCGCUAGGGAGUUGUCUGAGAGUAGAUUUAGCUGCUCAACUCCUACACAUACACAUACAUAUAUACAUACACAUACAUAUACAUUCACAUAUACAUAUGCAUAUCGGCUAAUGUUGCGAUCACUGAUCACGAUCUCCGGCACCAACUCGCCACACUGCACGCACCACCAGCACCGCUCUAAGACUAUAAAUAAACAAUAGCCUUGAGAUGUUCACUUCAUUACACCGUGAACAACGCCUGAACGUACCUGAAUGGAAAUGGGAACCAGAAAUGCCAGUGGAGCGAGGAACCCCGAAUCACCUAGACACCUAUGCGCCUACCAAUAUAACGGUCCUUAAAUAGUCAGGUAGCUCCACCUUAUUGGUCUGCUGAAGCCACAUCCCGAGCAGAGCCAGUAGGAUAGUUAAAUCACUUACCCUGCCACAUUCUGUAAUAAAGUCUUAAUAAUAAUAAUAAGAAGAAGAAGGAGAAGAAGAAGAUGAAGGGGAAUAGCUGGGACAUCAGCUCAGGUCUUGUCCCCUCCUCUGUCCUAAGUAGUAAACAUUAUUCACAAGUUCACUUCCUGUUUGCACAGUAUAUACAGUACAUCUGUAAACUUCACAUUGUGUGUUUAUGUAAGGAUAUUUAGUUCUUGAGUGUGAGAUCUAAUCAAAUGUGUUUGCCUGAUUAGUGUACCCUGACCCUGACCCUGACCCUUGCUUUAUGAUUUCUUAUCCUGGAUAAGAAUGAAAAAUUAUAAAAAUGAAAUAUAAACAAUAAUAGAAAACUGUAUGUUUAUAUGCAGUUGCAAUCAAAAUUAUUCAUCAAAAUAAUUCAAAAUGUACAGACCUUCAGAUGUUUGCGAUGAACAAAUCAAGAUUCCUCAGGAACGCUGCCAGAAGCCGUGUCAUCAGCAAACUUCACAAUAUGAUUGCCCGGAUAUUUAGCCGAGCAGUCAUAUGUUAAUAGCAUGUACAGCAGGGGCUCAGGACACAUCCCUGAGGGGAGUCGGUUUUAAGGAUGAUAGGUGAACAUGAGAUGCCGUGGACUUUAACAGUCUGUGGCCUGUUCAUUCAAAAGUCCAGGACCCAGUUUCAAAGUGAGUUGGCUUGACGUUGGACGGUCGAUAUUCACAGAUUAAGGGACCGUCUCUAAAGUUACAUACGACAUGGGUAUACACGUUUCUAACUUCAAUAGCAUUUGAAAGGAAUGACUUACAGUCACGAAACCAACUGUAUAGUAUUCAUGAAGGUGUCAGGUCUGAUGCACACCAUUUUUUUUUUCUUAGAUUUUUUAUAUUUAACAUUUCAAUGCAUGAACCAAAAAAAAAACCUACACGAAUGCAUAAAGGGGGUCAAAAUGACCCGUAUUGGAUUGAAUGGUUUUCUUCUUCUUCAAAUAAAAAAAGAUGUCCUAUUAAUGAAAUAAUUAAAAGAACUGAUGAUACACAAAUGUUUUAAUAUUUCAAACAUGUUUAUUUGUUUUCUUUUAAUUUAUUUAUGUUUAGAUGUUUAUAUUGUGGUUGGGAGCCAAAGAAAUGGAAAAUCAUUUACAGAAUUUCCAGUCAACCUCUUGACCGCAUUGCGGUUGAAAGAUUUGUGAAAAUUUUAACUCGGAAGGUCGUGAGUUCAAAUCCCAGCCCUGUCAAGCUGCCAGUGUUGGGCCUUAACCCUUAAAUGCUCAGUUGUAUAAAUUUAGAGAAAUGUAAGUCACUCUGGAUAAGGGCAUCUGCCAAAAAUAAUAAAUAAAUAAAUAAAUGAAUAAAUAAUAGAUCCAUCACUUGGUAGUAUAAAUGGAAAUACAGGAAGUGUAUUCAGAAAUUUGGCAGGCAGAUAUUCACAGCUGGAGUGGAGCUCUGACAUGUUUACUUUGCUGUCUCUUUUUGUU